AUGUACAAGAGCAGAACACACCUAAGACUGCUAAAAGAAUGGCAGCCAGUCGACACUGUCAUUCAGAGAUUGGAAGGGACGGGUUUUGAUCUCGUCCACAGAAUAAACACGGACUAUAGGACAACGAUCGACUUUUUAUUAGCACUGGUAGAUCAUUAUUUAGUCGACAUGUCAUGUUUUAUCAUUGGGGAUCAGAGGAUAACCCCAAUGUUAGACGACGUGGCCAGAAUUACGGGGUUCUCCAUUGAUGACUUGCUAGUAAUUGGACAGGAUUAUAAAGCUGAUGAAUGCCCCGGUAUCUACAGUGAGUUAUUGUUAUCGCCGAGGCUUCUCCAUCCGAAGAACAGAUGUGAUGUAAUUCUCAAGGAAUUACAAUCUUUCAAGGACUUUCCCUCCGUUUUAGUUAGGGCCGGACUUGACCCAUACGUUAGGGCAUAUGUCCUUUACGUCAUCGGAUGCUUUCUUACUCCCCCUAGGGAUCAUUCUUCAGUUUCAUGCAUGUAUUUGUCCUUGUUGAGAGAUGUGGACGCUAUUCGAAAUUAUGCAUGGGGAGCUGCAUUAUUGUGCUAA